GUCAACAAAUCCAGGGAAAUGGGACGUGGGAAACGCAAAACCAGGAAACUUCCCUGCACUGAUUUACCGGACAGACAUGCGCCCCCUGCUGUUGAUGUGGAGAAGCUGGACGUCAGUGUGAACUCACAGGGUCUGUCAGCUCUGCACCUGUCCAGUCUUUAUGGUCAGCUGGAUGCUCUUCAGAGGCUGGCGGUGUCGUCGCUGCAGGGGCAGAUCAACGGCAGCGAUCCUCAGGGUCGUCGGCCCAUUCACAUGGUCAUGUCCUGGAGAAGCGCGCCCAACACCUCCGCCUGUCUCCGCUGCCUGCUCGAGCAUGGAGCUGAUGUCAACAUUGCCACAGACUGUGGGCAGACGCCGCUGCACGUGGCUGCCUCUGAAGGCCUCCUGGACUGCACACAGACCCUCGUGCAGGCCGGUGCUGAUGUGACGUCUCAGGACAGCAUGGGACACACACCUCUGGAUUUGGCCCGCAUCUGGUGCCACAGAGAGGUCGCACGGUAUCUAAAGACCUGCAUGUGGGAGGUGGAAAAGAGGAAAGAAAUGAAGGAGAGGAAGCUGGCUCACGCUUUAUACAGAGAACUCAUCGCCACUGCUAAAGUGAAUGAUGGCAAUAAAGGGACACUCAUAGAUGAGAAGAUGGCAGAAUGGGCCAAAAAGAAGGGUUUUCCUCACCUAAAGGACUAUUCCCCCAAAGUCUCAGUGAGUCAGUACCACAUGCAGUGCCUCUCAUCUAAUCAGGACGGCUCUGAUCGAAAAGCUACCAAGGGCCUGAGGAAGAACCAGCGAAAAGUGCAACAGGAGAUCACUUUCUCAAAGUCGCCCGCAGCCGCAGAGCCUGAAAUCGUCGACCGCCAACGAAGGACGGCCUUCUCAGAGCUGGACCUCCGGGGCAGUGUGACAGUGUGGAGAGACAGCAGCAGCAGCCUGCCUCACUACACCACCAAGUGGGACACGGUCCCUCACACUGCCCCUGACCUGCCUUUGGAUGUCCUUAAGAAGGUGUUGUUCCCCAGAGCGUUCCCCUCCAGGAUCUUCUCGCCUCAGCACUUCCAGCCACAGAACAUCGAGGAGGUCCAACACAAAGGAAGCCCCAAGGGGCGGAGCUCCUCCCCCUGGACAGAGGUGGCCAUGCACAUGGCUGAAGUGCUGGAGCCUGGACACUACUAAGUAACAGACGUCCGUUACAUUCAAAUCAUUGUCAAAUAGGUUCACACAAUGCUAGUUAAGCCUGUAAGCUCCACUCCAACUCUUUCCGUUAAUCCAAAUGUGUGAACGCCAACAUUCGAAAUGCCACAAACCCGAGAAAGCAGCGCGAGUCAAGGGUUGAGAGGAAGAUGAGAACUGGGUCACCUGUCACACAUGUUCCACUGCAUGUUCACUGAUCCCCCAGAGAACCGAGUCAGGAUCCAGGUGUCGCACGGUUCAGUCAAAGUUUCCUGGUGGUCAAAAACACAGGCGUAGACGGGGAAAAUACUUUUUCGGAUGUUUAA